AUCUAUGCUACUGUCUAUGACAGUAGAGUAUGGGAGUGCCCCGACCCCUGUUUAGUGUUUAGUGUUUAGCCCAGUGGCCCUGUGUUCAUAAAUACUAAGUGCAAAUAUAUUAAGUGUAUAAUCUAUGACUAAGUGUAUUAUCUAUGCCCUGUGUAGAGUUUGUUUUGAAAUUUAUUUCAAAUUUAAAUUAAUAAGUUACGUCUUAUUAUGUACAUAAACAUAAAAUGUUGCGCUGUAUUACAAAAAAACUGUUGAUCACAGUAACUGUGUAGAAAAUGUGAUUAAAUUAAUAGAAAGGAAGAAAAUUCCGUGCCACGAAACACAAACAAGCGUUUUGUUAACAAUUUAGAAUACCUAUCACCAUAACAAGUACAUAAUUUAUUUAAUACAUUUGUGUGCUCCAGGAUAACAUAAAAAUGCCCAAAACAAAUAACGAUUAUUACGAUGGAAGUCACUUUUUUUUAUUUCUCUCCUCAAGAAUAGGACUGCCUAUAGAUCUUGUUAAUUUUUUGAUCGCACAAGUAGCUGCACUAUUCCUGGCCAGAUUAUUUCGGAAACCAUUGAGAUAUGCGUCGCCGGAAUUCCGUCACAGUGUCUGCCUUAUUAUUGGUUUAAUAAUGGGCUAUUUCUGUUUUGGAAAGCAAGCCAUACACAUGUCCGUGCUUCCAAUGUUAAAUUAUGCUCUGUUCAAGACUGUCCCUCAUCACAUAAUGGGGAACCUAACUCUGGCAGCUUCCAUGAUAUAUCUUUCGUGUUUGCAUUUACAUCGACAAAUAUACCACACUGCUGAUUAUACACUAGACAUAACAGGGCCGUUAAUGGUGAUAACACAGCGGGUGACGUCAUUAGCCUAUUCUCUUCAAGAUAGCCUGACUAGCCAGGAAAUCAACGAUAACGUAGUUGGCCAUUCUAGCAAUGUAGAAUAUAGGAUUGAAAAAAUUCCAUCGCCUUUAGAAUAUUUUGCGUACACAUUAGCAUUUCAGACGCUAAUGUGUGGCCCCGUUGUUUUCUACCCAGACUACAUUAAUUUCAUAGAAGGAGCACGGAUUGACAAAAAUGAGAAAAAUAAAAAUGAACCGGAACCGUCUCCGCGGCGUGCUGUUGUCUACAAAAUGGCAGGAUCCGUGGGUGCUGCAUUGUUGUAUCUUUCACUCGCUAAAAAGUACCCUCUGACUGCUUUGGAAGAAUUGACUGAUCCGACGUCGGAGGUGUCACAGUCGUGGUCAGCAUUGUACCUGCUGUGGUAUGCAUAUUUGUCGACUCUGGUUGUGCGAUGCAAGUACUAUCAUGCUUGGUUAUUGUCCGAGGCGAUCUGCAACAACUGCGGGAUGGGUUUCAAUGGAUUCAGCACAGACGGCACACCGAAAUGGGAUAAAAUGUCGAAUAUUGACGUUUUUGGUUUUGAGUUUGCCCAAAAUUUUCGCACUGCCGUAGCCAGUUGGAACAAGAACACGAAUUCGUGGCUCCGCGGUGUAGCUUACGAACGCGGCGGAAAAGCGUGGCGCACGGCUCGUGUGUACGCACUCUCUGCCGUCUGGCACGGCUUCCAUCCGGGAUACUAUCUCACCUUCUUCGCUGGGGGACUCUUCACUGUUGUGGCGAAAAAGGUUCGAUCGGUAGCACGUCCUAUGUUUUUGGGCAGUCGUUCGAAAAAGCUGUUCUAUGAUUUCCUGACUUUCAUGACGACACGCAUCGCGAUGACGUACGCUACAGUGCCCUUCGUGUUGCUGCACUUAGCUCCCAGCCUCGCAUUUUACGGGAAAUUUUACUAUUCGCUGCACUUCAUUGCAUUAGGAGCAUUGCUACUACCCGAAAAGUCGGCAGGUAUUCCAGUUACUGUAAAAAGUAAUGAGAUCGCAAACACGUGCUCCAAUGCUGCUCACGAUUCAUCGUCAAAGGAUAUUUACGGAAAAUUAAAUGGGAAAAUGAAAAUAUCCUAAAAAUAUUCCAUUCCAUUAAGACAUCACACGGUACCUACACUGAAUUCGAUCUGCCCUGCUACUAAAUUCCUGAAAUCUCAUUAAGAUCAGACUAUUCGCGUCUAAACAAUUUAUAUUAAGAUGCUAUUGGCAUAUCAUUUUUAUUUUAUUAGAACUUCUUGGCCCCAUAGUCUUGCAUGGACUACGCGUAACGUUCAGGAUUAAAUUGAGGUACUUAUAUCGGUCCGUAUAAAAUUCAAGGGAACACAUGAGCCAUUUAGUUCGGCCCAAAAAUCAAGUUUCCUUUGACGCCCUUUAAGAUCGUGCUGUCCGAGAGUGACGGACCAACGUGAUGCGCUGCGUUGGGCUCUAUAAAACUGAUUUUCACCUCCUAGCCUAUAAUGAAGAGUUGAACAAAAUUCGCCUUGUUAAGGUAUAUGGUAGGCAGCGGCUUGGCUCUGCCCCUGGCAUUGCUGAAGUCCAUGAGCGACGGUAACCACUCACCAUCAGGUAUGGUCGUCUGCCUAGAAGGGCAAUAAAAAAAAAAUGGUAGACUCGCAUUUCAUCAUAUUAUAAGCGGCACGGAUCUCGAGCGCUAACAUAUACGUACGCAGAAGUGAAUUUUGGUAAAUGGCGGUAUAAAGAUAGGCCACGUGGGCGGACCAAUAUUGACCAAUAUUAGGUAUCUAUAAAUGAACUAAACAUCAACAUGUCGAUAAAAUUUUACUUAUGUUUCGAAUUUAAAAAAUAUAUAUUUAAAAUUAUCAUUAUACCUUAUUAUCAUUUUACAUUUUACUCUUCUUUGUACUACAUAAAUAAAACACAGAAAACUAUAGUUAAAAUUCAAUUUUUUUUAACAGAAGUGACCGAAGCACUGGCCCAGGCCACUAUCAUAGAACGUUUAAAUAUGCAUGUACAUAAUUAUAUACACGACGCGUGCAUGUCGCAUCUUGUCCCGUAAGGCAGAAAAUUGUUUGUAGAAUAUAAGGACAUAAAAAAACGAGUUUAGCCAAGCUCAGCACAGCACAGUUUGUUUCAAUAAUUUAAUCGAUAGAAUAUUUUAAUCGACUAUACCACUAGACUAUGGAAGCCGUGAAACGCGUAGCUCAUUUAAGGCAUGAGGAAGUAAAGAGAUUUUCUUCACAUAUUACAUUAAAUUGGUAGAUGCACACUAAAAUAAUAUGUGAACAAAAGCAUAUAAUAUAAAACCCUAAAGAUUUUGUUUUAGUUUUUAUUAUUUUAUAACCACUGAUAAAACUUAUUUCAUUUUAAUGAAACAUUGAAUGGUUGUUAUUUGAAACAAGUAUGGACAGUAAAGUUAAGAGAGUUGAUAUAAUGUGCAUAAAUAUAUAGUGUGGCACAUACUGCCUAUACUCUUAAUAAUACGGAAGUAACUGAUUGUCUAUAAAUUAUAACGCCAAAAUCUUUAAACCGAUUUGGACGAAAUUCGCUACAGAAAUAGUUUGAACCAUGAGCACGAAUUACCUUAUUAUGAGGCUAGCUUUUAUCCCACAGCAGAGCACGAAUCUCCGCCAAUAUAAAGUUAAGUAAUAUAAACUAUACAAAUUUUAAAUCGGGCGGCCGGAAUUAUGUGCAGAAAGCCAGUACAAAAUAAACAUCUCUUGUGGCAGUAAUAUGUCUUUAUAUUAAUUAUAAAAAAUGGACCAAAUUACAUCGUCCGCACUGUGACGAAGUUAUUAGUUAGGUAAUGUAUUUGAAACUGGUUAGAAUAUUGGUAAUCAGUAAUCAUUAAAACCCAAAUGGUAUUAAUUAAAGCUUAGACUUAUAACAGAGUACCUAACUUUUUAAUUUUACAGAAAAUAGAAAGGGUUUAUGCGGUGCUUAUAAUGGGAUAAUGAUCUUACUUAUAAAGCGGUAGUCUAAAAAAUAAUGCGCAAUUUGCAUUACAAUCAAAUGGCAAAUUGUUUUUGAAACAUUUUAUUUAAAAUAAAUAAGAGUAUAUAAUCAAUAAAAAUAGCAUUUUAAAUUUGAUUGAGAAACUAAGAUGUUUAUUUGAUUAGCAACAUUGAGGCUUUCAAAAAUAUGUCAUUGGGUAUUUUUUAUGUAAAACCAUUGAGGGUGUUAUUCAGAACCUAAAGGCAGCAGUACCUUUACAUAUUUUUGUUUUUAAAGUUUCUAUUUAUUUUAUGUAUAUUUGGUAUAUAUGUAUGUAAAUGUUAUACAUUUAUACACUCAAUUAUUUAACGGAUUCUUACCAUGAUGACUUUCAUUCCAUUUUCCACCCGUAACACAUAAAAGGUAAAAAUCGUGGUAAAAACCUGAUUGAUAAUAUUCUGUAAAACGUAGAUAGAUAACCGCGAAAACUUUACACAUUAACACAUUUACAUCGACUUUUGUAUCGUAUACAUUACACACAGAGCGAUUGUUUUGUAGCAGCAAUGAAUCCGGCUCGAUCGGAUCCUGUUAAUAUGGAUGCUGUACGGCUAUUUGUAAUGUGAAUAGAUUGAGAAGUUUGUAUGUCAACUUAAAUUAAUUAUAAAAAUGAAUAAAAUCUACAUAAAUAUUACUAAAAAUAAUCAAACGUAUCAUAAACCAAAUAUUUUUACAAAAUAACUGUUCUUAGAAUAAUAUAUCAGUGUUAGUAGAGAAAAUGUCUAAAUAAUACAGAUAUAUGAACUACGCUAUGCACACUAUCAGUCUUCCAAACCAUUUUAAUAUUUUUAUUAAAUUAUAGGUAAUAGGUACUGCAGUAUGCAAAGCCUACAUAACUUUAAGUAACUUAUUUCUAAAACACAUUGUGUACCUUGUCGUUUAAUUAUUAUAUUAUAUUUUAAUAAAUACUAAUUAAAUAAAGAAA